CUCAUCCGAUUCAGAUUAGAGAUGGCGCCGCCUCCGCCGCCCCUGCCGGACGAUGUCAUCCCGGACAUCCUCCUCCGCGUCCGGCCGGACGACCCCGCGAGCCUGGUCCGCGCCUCCGUCGUCUGCAAGUUCUGGCGCCGCGCCCUCGCCGACCCGUCCUUCGCCGCCCGCUACCGCGUGCUCCACCCCGGGGCGCCCCCGGUGCUCGGCUUCCUCUACCGCCCGGAGGACCUCCAGGUCACCCGCUUCGCGCCCACCUCGUCCUUCCGCGUCGCCGACCGCCCAAUGGGCCACCCGCUCGACUGCCGCCACGGCCGCGCCGUCCUGUACGACUACGACAUCCGCGUACAGGGCUUCGUCGUGUGGGACCCGGCCACCGGCGCGCAGUGCGACGCCCCCGGCCGCCACGUCCCGGACGUGUUCACCAACGUGGCCGUGCUCUGCGCCGGGGCCGAGGGCUGCGACCACCGCGCCUGCGCCAGGGGCCCCUUCAUCGUCGCCUUCGUCGGCGUCGAGAAUCCGGAAAAGUACUACCUCGACGCGCACGCCUCCUUCUACUCGUCCGACACCGGCGAGUGGAGCGUCCACAUCAACGUCCACCUCAACUACGACCGCUACGACCUCGUCCAGGACCGGCAGGCCGCGCUCGUGGGCGAGGCGCUCUACUUCGUCGGCGAGGACCGGAGCCUCCUCCGGUUCCGGUACGGCAUCCAGCGCCGGCUGCCGGGCAUCGCCUUCCUCACGGCGGGGUACACCUCGGACCACAUCCUGUCGGUGAUCGAGCCGCCGCCGGGCGGGAAGCUCCUCGGCGACGUGGUCGCCAUGGAGGCGGAGGGCGGCGGGCUGGGGCUCGCCAGCCUGAGCCGCGGCCGGCUCUCGCUGUGGGCGAGGGACGCGGGCCACGCCGGGGACGACGCCGCCGGGUGGGUGCUGCGCCGAGCCAUCGAUCUGGGGGCGGUGCUCCCCGUCGGCGUCAAACCCAAGAAGCGGCUCAGGGGAGCGCAUCUGUGCGGAAUCGCCCAUGAGGCCGGCGUCAUCUUCGUGAGCACCAAAGACGGCGUCUUCACCGUCAAGCUCGGGUCGCCGUUGCAGGGGAGGAAGGUGUCCGACGUUGCCAAUCUCAAGCACGUCUUUCCCUUCGAGAGCUUCUACACCGAAGCGUUUCUGCUGAAGAUGGCUAGCGGCAGAUAGAUCGGCCGCACCGGUGGGGAACUUGACGGUAGUAGAGUACGAAUCAGCUCGACGACAUGGCCAUGUCUGUCAAAUAAAUGGACUCGGCAAAUCUUAUCUUCGGUGUGUUCUUUGGUCCGGGGAAAGUUAAGUUAGAGAGUGGUUAGAUCAGUUGGUCCGUUAGUUUUCUUCUGGGAUGUGAUGAGGGAUCAAAAACUACUAGGUUCCAGAUCAGUUGGUCAGUUAGUGUUCUUCUGGGAUGGGAUGAUGGAUCAAAAACGAGGUUCCAGUUUAAUUAAUAUUUCCUCGCUCAUCUUUUCAUGGAA